UCAAGCUGAAACGAAGCUCCUUUUCCAAAUUUUAAGCUAUAAAAUAAAUUAUUUUCACAAGAUGUGUUUCAAUGAACUUAAGGAGAGAAGUCUUCUUCCAGAAUGCCGCAUUGCAAACCGUGUGCACCUAUUUUCCCUGCUGCAAUCCCUCCAGGAACAGCAACUUCGACCGGAGGAUGUGGAUGUCCAGUUGCGGGAUCGCUACGAUGUAUUCCGCCAGGUUCUGCCCAAUUACCCACUGCCCGAACUGGAAAACUCCCUACUGCAUUCAGUCUCGGUCUCCGUGGACUCGGAAUCAUCUGGCGACGGAACCAGCGAUACCAGCCUGGAAUCCAACUAAAGUCGUAUCGACAGGAUGGAGUCGCAACACUAACUUCAUCGCAACGAACUCGAAAUAUUCUCAUAAAAGUGAAAUUAUCUUUUUGGCUAAAUGUCUGCCAAGUGGCGUUAAACGUAACGAAAGUAAAAACCGACCAUUAAAUGUUAAACAGUAAAAAAAGAAAA